UAUCCAUGUUACAGAGAGAGAGUGCGAGGAGUUGCGCAGCCCGGCCCUGGGGACAGUGACGUUGACAGGUCGCCUGUUCAACGACAGAGCUACCUACAGCUGCGAGUUGGGCUACCAUGUGGGGCUACCAGUUACAGUGAUAUCCAUGUUACAGAGAGAGAGUGCGAGGAGUUGCGCAGCCCGGCCCUGGGGACAGUGACGUUGACAGGUCGCCUGUUCAACGACAGAGCUACCUACAGCUGCGAGUUGGGCUACCAUGUGGUGGGACUCAAGGAACGGACCUGCCAGGCUGACGGCAACUGGUCCGGCCAAGCUCCUGUCUGCAAGCAGAAUGUAUACUGCAAGAACCCGCCUCACAUUGACCACGCUCGCCACAACGCCCUGCCAGAACAGACAACGUUCGACCUGGAUGCUACGAUCCAGUACCAGUGCCUCACCGGCUACGUCACGAAUGGCUUCCCCCGUGCCAAGUGUCUGGCUAUCGACAACGCUGCUUCCUGGUUCGGCCCGGACAUCUCCUGCGAGCCACGGUCGUGUGGCGCGCCUCAGGAUACGGCGCACGGGUGGCACGCCGGGGAGUGUUACACGUACGGCUGUCGUGUCGUCUACCACUGUGCAGAUGGUUUCGAGCUGGUGGGCAGAAACGAGCGCACUUGUCAGGCAGAUGGUACCUGGUUCCCGAAAGAUUUGCCGGCCUGCGUGCCCGUUCAGUGCCCUCCCCCAGAGAACCCGUCUCACGGCAAAGCCAUAUUUACAUCAUGUUCGUACAACUCUGUAGUGAGCUACGAGUGUGACUACGGGUACACCCUACUGGGCGAGUCCACUCGUCGCUGUGGGGCCGACAAAAAGUGGUCGGGCACUAUGCCCAAGUGCCAAGAAAUAAACUGCGGUCAUCCAGGCGUGCUCCACAAUGGUUGGUUGGAAAAUAUAGAGUCCGGUACAGGACUGGGGGCCAGCAUCAUAUUCCGCUGCAGGGAAGGGAUGCGGCUGGAAGGCAACACCUCCAGCGUCUGUCAGAUAGACGGCAAGUGGAGAUAUCCUCUCCCGCAAUGCCUUGCUCCGUGCGUGGUGCCCACGGUGCAGCAAGGCCGGGUCAUAGUGUCCAACACGUCCCGCCCCAACAUGACCCAGAGCUCGGGAGAACCACUCAUGGUCACUCACGGGGAACACUUGUCACUCGAGUGCGAGCCUCGCUACGAGCCAACCCUCAACAACACUCCCAUCACUUGCAACAACGGCACCUGGUCCCACAUCCCCCGCUGUGUACCAGCUCGGUGCAAGUAUAUGGCAAAGGCUCCACGAAAUGGGAUGGUAAUCGCUCCGAAGACUGAGCAUGGGAUGAAGGCACGUUACCACUGUAAAGACGGCUACACGCUGAGGGGGGAAGCCACCACCACCUGCCUCUUCGGCAACUGGACAGGAGAGCCUCCGUACUGCCAGGAAGUGUAUUGUCCAUUCCCGGGAUACGUGGAGAAUGGAAAGGUCCUGUUGGUGGGCAACAUGGGGCUGUAUGACUAUCGACCCUAUGUGCGCAAGGUGACAAACAACAAACAGAUCAUGUACGAUUGUAACAGAGGAUACGUGCUUUCUGAUGGACCACCAGGCGCCACUUGCGUUGGUGGUCGCUGGAGUCCCAAGCAACUGCCAAGAUGUGUGCCAGGCCAGCACCCCAGACUACGGUGGAGCCGAUCUGUACGGACCAAGCGUGCUGCCUUGCUACGUCAAUGGCUGAGAGUGCGACGAGCAAUGCCAGGUGGUCAGAGCACCACUGUAAUGCGCAAGACUGCUCCCAGCCCUAAGAGUAAUGACAAUGCUGCCACUGCAGGCGGCCGUGGUCGAGGCGGUACCAACACUGCUGCUAAGUCCGACGAUGUACCAGACGUGGAGGGUGACGGAGACGAGAAGUCUCCGGACGGCAGCACUCCCACGGGUGAGGGAAGGAAGAAGCCCAAAGGCAGCAAAGGUGGCAAGAAGAAGACUGGGCCGAGGAAAGCUGGAAAGCCAUGUGAUGCCAUCACUCAGGAAAUAUUCAUGAAACUGGAGAUUGUGAAGCCAGGCCGAGAUCCUAAUAUCACGUACUCACACGGGGUCGUGGUGAAGGUCAGUUGUCACCAAGGAUAUGGUGUUAACAUCGGUGAGAACGGCACAGCACGCUGUGCACGAGGCAAGUGGAAACCUGACAAGCCACACUGCCGCAUAUUGCCAUGCUUCGUGCCGCACAGUGAACAUGGCAUCUUCACAAGAUCGACGACAGAGAACGGUCGCACAGCAGGAACUGUCCUCAAUGAAACGACAGAGAUUAGUCACAACGAGGUGGUGGAAUUCUCUUGUACUGCAGGCUACAAUGUGCAGGGCCCUGGCAACCUCAAGUGUUGGCAUGGCCAGUGGGCCGUCUCCUCUCUCCCUGACUGCACCCCAGCACCCUGUGAGUUGCCGCAUAUCUCGCAUGGACAGUACCUCCUGGGCUACCGCGCUGGUCUCACCAUUGGCAAUGGCUCCUCCGUCAUGUUCCAGUGUGAUGUCGAGUAUAAACCCAGUACAAUGGCACCAGUAGAGUGUGUGUUAGGGGAACUGCGGCCCCACACCCCCUCCUGUCGCAAAGAUGGAGGAGAAUACAUCACUGGUGGAGACAUCACAAAGGCUGGUGGUGAUGUAGACUAUCUGUCAGGACUGAGGGGUUCAUGUGGACCUCCAGCCCGCGUCCAAGGUUCUCUCAUCUUUAAAAAUGGCGAGCCACUCACUGAAACUGAGAGAAGUUUUCCAGAUGGCACUGAGGUGACGUUCAAUUGCAUCGCAAGCAUAAUGGGGGAAAAGACAUCUUGGCGUAUUGUCUGUGAGGAUGGCAGUUGGCUAGGCCGCUCUCUCAGCUGUGAUGUGGAGGAUCCCCAAGAUUCGAGUGCAGCAAAGGACAACUCAACUUGUAUAUUUCGCAACACAGAGCCUAAUGUCGUUACUUUCUAUCGUGACCAGCCUAUCAAGGAGGAUGUCGUGGAGUUCAUGUCCGGGACAGUCUUGUUAUUCAGGUGCGCAGAUAUUGGCAAGUAUGCAAUGAUCGGGUCUUCACGCCGCCGAUGCUCCCAAGGCGAGUGGGAUGGCCAACGUCCAGUCUGCUUUGGACUUAACCAAGAGAAUGACUAUGCAUUGGAGAAGCCUCCUACUAUCCUGUUCCGCCAUCAGUUAGGGCCCAUCGCACAGAGCAAUGAGGGCACCCUUAUUGUCUAUCCUGGCAGCAUCCUACACAUGGAGUGUCUUUGGAUCCGCAGAUUUGGCACUCCUAAGUGGGUCGUCAGUCACAACUACAGAAAGUAUCCUGAGGGAUGGAGCAGUGAUCCAGGGCGUGAUUCUCAGCUGGAGUAUCGGCUUAGUAUAUUUCACGCCAGCAGGGAUGAUUCUGGCACUUUCACAUGCAUCACACCCACCCGGCACACUCACUCUGUGGAGAUACAGGUCAAAGCUGUACACUGUGCUGAGUUGCCGGCACGCCGAGGUCUCAAACUGAGUACUCAGAACACGAAGAUGAACACACGAGUGUUACUGACCUGUGCUAAUGGAAACUCGCUCAUCGGCGCUCCUGAGAUAGUCUGCCUUCCCUCGGGCAAUUGGAGUGCACCUGUGCCUGUGUGUGAGAGUAUGGAGUGUCCAGAUCUAGGGAACCUCUCAGACCCAAAUCUCAGGGCCACAAUACUGAGCCGGGAGGUGGGUGGACAGGUCAUGUUCAGCUGUACCCAGGGAUUCGGUCUCAUCGGCCCCGCCCACUCUACCUGCCUCCCAGCUGGAGAAUGGGCUGCACCUCUUCCACAGUGUAAAGAGGUGCAGUGUGACAAGCCCGGGGUGCCGGAGAAUGGCUACAUCCAGGGCCAGGGCGUGUACAAGGCUGGGGACCUUGUCCAGUUCAACUGUAAUCCUGACCACAUGAUGGAGGGCCAGCCUAUCAUCGCAUGCCAGGAGAACGGACGCUGGUCUGGGGUCGUCCCUCGCUGUGUACAAGCGUGUGCGUACCCAGGAACCGCCAUCAGUGGCCGCAUGUCCUCUGUCAAGUUCUAUUACCAAAUCAAUGAGACAGUUACAUUUACUUGCGAUGACGGGCUCGUCAUGCAGGGCGCUUCCAUGCUCAAAUGUCAGCACAACGGCAAAUGGUCCAACGCUGUGCCUACAUGUGUCGCCGCUCCCCACAGCUAAACUGCCAGUCCUCGUCUCUACUGCUCAUCACAACUUCAAGAUGGGAGAGUAAAAUAAUUAGUUUGAAAUGUUAACUGUAAAUGUUGAAAAUGUGUUUUUCUUUUGAUUACUGAACGGAUAAUGUUCCACGAAUUUGAUUAUUCUUAAAAUAUUUUUAUAUAAACAAGGUGUAUUGGAAAAGUGACAAAAUCAUAAGUUGUUGCGAGUCUUGUAGUAUUCCACCUAUGUACAAGUUUCUCAUUUUUGGUUUUUUAGAUAAGUGUUAUUAUUUAUGUAGUCCACUAGAAUUUCACAAGUAUGACCUUAACAGUGGCAGUUAGGAAUUAUUAUUUCAAAUUGAUUCCUGUUAUUAAUAUUGAUUGACAUUAUGAGUCACAGUCCAUGUCACAACAACAUGUACUAACACUUUGUGUUUUUUGUAUUUUUAAAUAGGCUUUAGAAAUUUAGCUAACAUUAAUCAGUUAUGUUUUAUCAAAAAGUCUUAUACAAAAAUUAAUUACACAUUUCAGAUUUCUCUUCUCUACAUACAUUCAGCUGUGAAUUUACAAGUGUUGAAAUUGAUGUGAUUAGUAAAAUUAUUAAAUAAUUUUAAUAGGAAUUUUAUAAAACUUUGUAAUGAUGUUUUAGUAAAUAAUUAAUUUUAUCUAGGUUGUUCUUUUUUUAAAGUAGAACAAGUCUCAAUUUAGAUGUAUUAUGUGAUAUAAAACCUAAUACAGUACAACAAAUCCUACAGAACAAUGAAUGAGUGAAAAUUAAUUUUAUAAUUGACAUUUUAUUGUUAAAUACACACUACUUGUUAACUGUCACUGUCAGAAUGAAUGUAAAAUUACUUUUUGUCAAUUCUUGUAGUUCCCAAAUAAAUGUGCUAUUCAAUACUAAGAGAAAUUUUUACUAGUUAUAUCAAAAUUUACAAUGUUUAUUGUUGCUGCUUUUAACCUUUGCUGCAUGUAAAAAAUGUAACUUAAGAAAUACAUAUCUUUAAAAUAGAAUUUUUAACAUUUUGUUCAAAUAAAACCAUAUAUGUGUACUUAGAUAGCUGAAAUUGUUGUAUUUAAUAUUUUUUUUACAUGUUUAAGGAGAGGUAAUAUUUUAUAAUGUAUAUAAUGUUCUCUAGUCAUUUACUUUGAAAAAGAGAUAAUACUUUCUUUGGUGAUAUUUUGAAGAGACUAUAAUUGUAGAUAUGUAUUUUAUUUAGCAUUAGUGUGUAUAUUAAAAUAUGUUCAAUAA